CGAAGAAGCAAGAAGUUACUUGUAAAUUGAAUUAUUAUUGUGUGCUAAAUUGAUAAAAGAAAAGAACAAAAAAGAACAAAAUGGGAAGAAAGAACGAAAAAAUUUUCUCAAAUAAAACAAAGCUCGUUCAAAAAGAAGAUAAAGUUAUUGAUAGUGAUGGAAAUGUAGUUCGUAAAUAUGAAAUUAAAGAUGAUAGAAUUGAAGAUUCUGACACAUCAAGUAUGGGUAGUGAUCCAGAACAACCACAGAGGGAUAAAAAACAGAAGAUUAAGAAGACCAAAAAUUCAGAAAUUGACAAAAUUGAAAAAGAAAGUGACAGUGAAAGUGGCAAAAGAACUCCAUCACCAUCACAUUCAAAGAAAGGCAAAAAAGGCAAGAAAGGAUUUUUCAGUAAAAUCUUUGGAUGGUUUGAUCAGAAAAAGGAAAUAAUAAGAACAACAACACGAAAGUAUGGAGCGCGUUUUGCGAGAAAUUCAAUGAAAAAAGAAAGCGAUGAAAAGAUCAGUGCUGCAGCAAUUGCUGUUUUAGCCGGAAGAUGAACAAAGUACAAUUUAAUUUUAAUGCCAAUAAGCAUCGACAAUAAGAAAAAGACAUCAUUUUAAACAUCACUAAAUAUGAUUCAAAUUUGGAUGAAAGUUAACUAAGUCAUUUAUGGAUAGAAUACAAAUGUGAUAUUUGAUAUUAGUGACAUUAUGAUACAUAUUGUAAAGCUAUAAAUAUAGAACUAUGUAUUACCUGAUUAACAUUAACAUGC